AUGAAAGGAUUCAAAUUCUUUCUUGUUAUUUCACAGAUUUUGUCCUUAGCCAUAAUUGUGAGUGCACUACUCUACACGACAUUGUUGGAACAGACAUGUCAAUGGAUUGUUUUCAUCUUCACCAUUACGGAAACAAUCAUAUUUUGUUCAUCAAUUGUUUAUGUGAUUAAGCCUCGAAUAAAAUUACUUAUUGUAUUUCUAUCAUUUCAAAUAGCUAAUGCCUUAGCAGGAAUUAUUCUCGGCUUAACAGUUGUUAUUCGUGACAGUGGAUAUGACUGCCAUGAAAGUGGCAAUCGUGAUUGUGGCUCAUUCGGCUUUACCAAAAUUGAACGUUUUCAAUUUUUCUGGUUCAUUGUCAUCAAAUCUACAUUUGCACUCUUCUUGAGUCUCAUGGCAAUUGCUUAUUCUCCGCAAGUCCACGAUUUUCUGGGCGAAGAACAUGAUUGUGAGCGUGACACAUUAAAUAUUUACGAUUAA